AUGGCGGGCCACAUUACUUGGCUACCAACGUUCGGAUCGCAAUGUGAGAGGCUUUCGCAACACAAGUCGCAACGAACACGGCCACUUCCCUUGCGAUUGAGGACGUACUCCAACACCGGCUUCCAGAGUCAAAGUCAAGAUUUUAACGACAACUGCGAUGCGAUACGUACUCGCCACAAAUCCGUGUCAGCGGCCGUGGAUGUUGGCGACAUGAGUCCCUGCACGGUUCUUGAGGCCGGACAGGACGAGGAGGAGGACAGGCACGGAAUGGAAGAUGUCGUUACCGAUUUCGAGAGUCCCAGGACGUCGGUUGAUGGCAGCGUCAGUGGAAUGUCCGAUAUCUUCAGUUUGGCCGGGUCUCCUUCGACACCAUUGACUGCGCUGUCCAGCGAGCGAAGCUCUCUCGAUAUCGAUGCGGCAGGCGUUAUCACUUACGAUUUCAGCAAGCUCGACUAUGAGCUGGAGCGUGCGAAAGUUCUCGGCGAAGGGCUGUGGAGUACAGUCUACCUUGCAGAACAGAAGCGGACCCAGCCAGCUCGUAGUAGAGGGUCAUCCUUACUACUCUCGCCUCAGAAGUCUCCCAGACUGUUCAGGAGCUCUCGCGCAACGUCCACUCCGCGUUUACUGGCGGUCAAGACGCCAGCACGCCAGGAUGCUAAGGAAAUCUUCCGGCAAGAAGCGAGAAUACUGACACAUCUCCAGCGCCGAACCGCGGCAAGCCAAUACAUCGUCCCAUUCUGCGGCCUGGACGAGCGAAACCAAUCCCUCGUCUUCGAAGCCAUUAUCGGAGGAUCUCUAGAAGGCCUAUGCGGUCGAAUGAAGCAAAUGACCGAAGUAGCCCGCCACCUAGAAUUGAUCGCUCUCUUCCCCGGCAUCGCCUACGACCUGAUCAACGGCCUCGACUUCCUGCAUUCCAAUGGCGUAGUCCACGCCGAUAUCAAGCCCGGGAACAUCCUCCUCGACAUUUCAGAGCACGCGACUGAUCAGAAGCCUGUGAUCCGAGCUCGUUAUAUUGACUUCUCAGCUGCUUUCAUGCCGGAGAAGGACGAUCCAUCGAAUGCUGGUGGGACCUGGGACUACAUGGCUCCUGAGCAGAUGCGGAUUCAGCCGGAGUGGAAUACACCAACAUUUGCGAGUGACGUGUGGAGCCUGGGACUGACUCUGCUGUACAUCCUGGUGGGAGGGUCGCCGUAUACUGCAGCUUGUGGUGGCAACAAUUUCAUGCUUCGCGAAGCCAUCAAGAGCGGCGAUCCUCUUCAAUUCGCUCGGAUGGAUCCAGUCGCGCGGAAAAGACUGGCUGCUUGUCAGGACUUUGUGGAUUGUUGUCGGCAGGCGUUGAAAAAGGAUCGCGAAAACCGGGUGAAGGCUGAUUCUUGGGUGAACUGGCUGGAAGGUUGGCAGCUGGAUGAUUAG